ACGUCACGCUGUAGGAGGAGAAGGCAGCGAGCCAGGCAGCUCUCCCUCCCUCCCUCCCUCCACUUUUGGCCGGUACCCUUUCUUCCCUCUCUACCUCAAAUCCGUGGGAGCUUCCCGAGUGUCACCUCCCGUCAAGAAGCUGCCCCUGCCCGCUGUGGAAUGAGUUUUCUCAAGUGGAGACGGAGUGUAAAGGGAAAUGACAGCAGCAAGAAUGUCACGAAGGCAGAAAGUGUCCCUGAUGGCCCGGACUCCCCAAGCAGGCUUUCAGUCAUAAACACUCCAGAAUUGGAUCCUAUCAUCAGUGACUUCAAGUUGGAGUUACAAAACACCACAGAUGUCCCGGAACAAGAAAAUGCUUCCAACGGGUGCUCGACCUCGGACCUGUCGCUGGCUCUGGAGGACUGCAUGGCCUCCCUGGAUCUCUUCCUCCACAAUGACUUUGAGGAGGCGCAGGCCCGCCUGAGGCCCAGAAUCAAAGACAGCAUGUAUCAUGCCCUGACCUACGCCACCUUCCUAGAAAUGCAGGCCAUGAUGACCUUUGAACCCCAACAUAUCCUGGAAGCAGGAAACACCAUGAAAGAGGCCCAGGCUAUUUGCCAGCGGCACCGCAAGAAGUCAAGCUUAUCUAAGGGCUUUACAGAAGAUGAGAUUCAUGCUGAAGUCUGCUAUGCUGAAUGCCUCCUGCAGAGGGCAGCGCUCACCUUCCUUCAGGAUGAAAAUAUGAUCAGUUUCAUCAAAGGAGGAAUCAAAGUGAGGAAUAGCUAUCAGACGUACAAAGAGCUCCACAGACUGCUGGAGUCGACUGCGUACAGUCACGGCAGCAAUCAUGGUCAUGUUGAGGGCGGAGUCAAGUUGGGAGUCGGAGCCUUUAAUUUGAUGAUUUCCAUGUUGCCCACACGGAUGCUGAAGCUGCUGGAGUUUGUGGGUUUCUCGGGUAACAAGGAGUUUGGUCUCCAGCAGCUUCAGGACGGCUGUGCAGAAAGCACAUUCCGUUCAUUCUUAUGCAACAUGUUGCUGCUCUGUUAUCAUACCUUCAUGAGCUUUAUACUAGGCACUGGAGAAGGAGACGUAGAAGAUGCAGAAAAACUGCUGCAGCCGUAUCUCAAGAAAUACCCUAAGGGAUCGAUCUUCUUGUUCUUCGCUGGUCGAAUCGAGGAGAUCAAAGGCAAUUUGGAUGUUGCUAUCAAGCGGUUUGAGGAGUGCUGCGAGGCUCAGCAGCAAUGGAAGCAGUUCCAUCACAUGUGCUACUGGGAGCUGAUGUGGUGCUUCACAUAUCAACGGCACUGGAAGAUGGCCUACUUCUACGCCGACCUGCUCAGCAAGGAGAACUCCUGGUCCAAGGCAACCUAUGCGUAUAUGAAAGCAGCCUACCUCAGCAUGUUGACGGAGGAUGAUUGUCUAACCUUCGGGGAGACGCCGCUCACUUUGUUCAGGCAGGUGGAAGGGCUGAAGCAGAAAAUUGCUGGCAAGUCUUUACCCACGGAGAAGUUUGCCAUCAGGAAAGCUCGUCGCUACCUCACAGAAAACUCCAUUCCUCUUCCUGUCCCACCACUGGAGAUGAUGUACGUUUGGAACGGCUAUACGAUCAUCGGAAAGCACAAAGAGCUGACUGAAAACAUGCUGAAGACAUUGGACGAGGCGCAGGCGAAACUUGAAAGCAUGCCAAGGUCCGAGUUCUCAUUUGACGACCAGUGUCUGCUAAGCUUGUUCAAGGGACUGUGUCUCAAGCACCUGGGACAUCACGAUGAGGCCGAACACUACUUUACUCUUGUCCUCUGCAAUGAGACCCAGAUCAAGUAUGACCACUACCUAGUUCCCAAUGCGUUGUUAGAGCACAGCUUGUUAUGUCUGGAACAAGGCCGGAAUGAUGAAGCUGUAAAACUACUAGAAGCAGCAAAGCAAAAUUACAAAAACUACUCCAUGGAAUCUCGGACUCAUUUCCGUAUUCAAGCCGCCCUGCACAAAGCCAAGGGCACAAGGGAAAAUGGAGUCUACGUGCCCUCGAGCCCAUAGGAGCAAGGAUGGCACACAAGAGCUGAGAUCCGGCGUCUGCAUUCUCCCUCAGUGCACCACUCGGCUUAGGCUCGCCACGUCACAGGGUUGGAAGGUUUUUCCUUCAGGACGGUUUUGGGGAAGCAAUGGCCGAUAUUUUAUUUUGCUUUUGCAUGUUUGUCUCCUUUAUUGGCAACUGCCGCUGAUGGCGUGCCCCUUGUGGCACUGAUGGCGCUCAUCGAGAGUCUGACACGUGCACUGGCUGACCUUCACUUCCUCAAUCAAGUGGAAGCCGUGGCAAGUCUGGGCAUGUGCCUCAAAUAAUGACACACUAAAUAAGCAGAGCUUUUUUUUUUGCGGGGGGUGAGGGUUGUAUUGGAAAUGGCUACUAGUACUACUAAAUGGAUCUUAAUGGAAGACAAAUAUAUGUAAAUAUAUGUAUACAGGUGCAUCUUAAUGAAACUAUUCUGUAGUUGGGUUAAAAAAGUGAAACCUUUUCAUUAUAUCAAUUCACUACACUCAGUGAAAAAUAUUUCAUGAUUUUUUUUUAAGCUAACCUCUUAUCUUAUUGAGGGGUCGCCACAGCAAAUUAAGCGAGGAAAGAAGAAAAAUGUUUUACUGUAUGUUGAAUGUAUUUACAUAAUUAGUUUGACUUUUGAGUUGAGCCGCUAAAAUGAACUAUUCUGCAUUUUUAAAUUUUUGGGGGUGCACCCAUAGUGCAGGACUAAAGAUACCACUAUGACAUUAAUUUAAUUUAGUUAAGGGGUCAUCCAUUAAACUCCUGGCGUUAGCAAGACAAUGCAUGCGUUAUGUGCUGACACUGACAGCUGAGUUCGCAUUUAGCUGACCUUUCCCUGACCUUUCCCUGACAAUCCAUGUUGGAUGAUCAAUUUUGUCAUCCAUAGUUUCUCAAGAAUCCACAGUAGACGUUAUAUACUGUAAAUGGCACCUUUUACCCAAAAAGGACAGAUGACUGUGUGUCUUUUAGAAGGGCAGCCUCCUCCUUUUCUUCUGGCCCCCCCCACAUCAGUGGGAGAGACUCCAGCAGCACUUGAGCUCGAACAAACAAGCCAUUCACUCGGCGCAGUGAGGGGACCGCGUGUUUGUCCCCCUGUUGGAUCUCUAGCGAAGAAAUGACAAGCACUACAGUGUGAACCUCAACCUGCUGCCCUCCCCCCCUCAAUCAGCCAUGCUUGCUGACAACCUCCUGCAGGAGGGGCUUUGGAACAUUGUGUUUAGCGCUACUGUCAAACUGAAAUUGUGAAUAUGAACAAAUACAGUACAUUAUAGUGAAAGGAGAGAAACCGUGUUUAUAUGAUCGAAUGACUUGAUGGGCCGGGACCCAGCAACAGAUGGAUGAACACAGAGAAUCUCAAGAUGGUGUUUCAGGUUAGAACUGCUCAUUUUAUUUAUGUUAAGAGGAAGGUUUGGUGUUCAUGAUGGCGAUGAGGAGUCAAUUUGUUGUUGUUUUGUUGUUUCUCGUGUGUCUUAAUAUUCCAGUAACAACUUGUGUUUUAUUUUCGAAUAUUAUGUUGCAUUUCCCAUUCAGUUUCCACCUGGACAUUUUAACAUGAAAGUUUGUGGCAUUGUGAUAUUUGCAUUGAGCAAAUGAGAAUGGGCAAGACUUACCACUGAGCAUAGACAUUCCUGUAUAUACUGAAUGUUUUUUUUAAGUGUAAUUUAAAAUGGAAUUAAGAGAACGAUCCUGUUUCAACAGAAAAUCCGAUUGAGUUGUCUUUUAUGCCAAUGGUUCUCAAACUUUGUGGGUCCAGGGACAGUUUCAAUUUUAUGAGAAUAAAGUCAUACAUUUUCAAG